AUGAAGAAAGCUGGGCGAGUUCCGGCGCAUCCACGCGCCACGAAGCAUUGCAGCCGUGGCACUCAAGCUUGCGCUCAGUGCUUUUGGGAGAGUAAGGGCAGCAGUUUGAUGAAGGAGUUCAGUUGGCUGAAGCUUGCUAGCUGCUCUUCUGAUACGCCAUUGGUCGGAUGCAUUAUCUGCCGCGCGGCCCAUGGCCCAACUAGUGCCUAUGCGGAGUUCAAGCCGAUGGAGUUGGGGCUGCUGCGAAAGGCCAAUUUGAAGAGACAUCAGCAGUCACCUCAGCACGCCGAAGCUGGAAAGAUUUUGGCAGGACGAGCGACAACCAUCGAUCUUGAAAAGGACGCUCCAUCUUUGGUGCAGUGGAAAGCUCUUUGGGAUACCUUGAGGUCCAAAAGAUUCAUGGAGCGCGUGAAGGAGGCCGAAGGGGAAAUCUUUAGGGCCAAGGCCAGGAAGAUGCAAUACUGCUUGGCAGAAGCUUUGCGGUUUAGGCAAAGGAAUUUCCUGGACAAGGCAUCUUGCUUGACGCUCUCCAUUGAUGCUGCAGAAACAAGGUUGUUGGUUCGCUUCACAGGAGUGACGCCAGAUCUGGAGGUGAUGUCUGGCGUGCUUGGGAUGACCCGCAGCAAGGACACAGGACAUAGAGCGAUUUUGCAGCAGCUGAAAGAAGUGAUCACAAGGGCGGCUACUUCCUUGAUUGGUGCUCCUGUGGAAGCAGGGCAGUCGGCCACCAAGACAGGCCAUUCCUUUGACCAAAGUCUGUUUGACAAAAUUUGCAGAGCUGUCCGGGUGUGGAACAGUGAUGCUGCUCCUGAUGAGAUGCUAGCGGCCAAGACUUCUGAGAUUGCUGCAGAUGACGUGAGGCCAUUGUUGCCUAACUUGACCAUCAUCAAUCGUGACAGGGCUCAUGCAAGCCGAAGGGUCGCCAAAAGGCCGUGGCUAUGUUCUCAGCAGUGCAUGGAAGUCUUCAAGACAUUCACCGAUUGGAUCAGUGCCAUACAAUAUAGCUCCCUCCUGCAAGGUUGGUUCGAAGAGUUCCAGCAGCAAGAGGGACAAUUGACAUUGCAGAGGAACAUGCAGUAUGCUGCUCAUCGCUUCGACAGUGUUGCGAAGCCUUUUGCAAUUUGUCUGUGCACUUUCCCAUCAGUGGUUUUGACAGCUGUGAAAGCUGUGAACGAGCGAAAGCAUGCUGCAGCGAAGAGUUUCUUGACUUUCAUCAGUGGCCGCCAUGGAUUGGGUAAUCUUCUCCUUGCAGGGAUGCUUGCCGAUGCUUCGGAUGAGUGCCUUUUGUUGGCGAGAGCUUUUGAUCACGAACGUUGUGAUAUAUCUUUGCUGCAUUCAGAGGUAGGAGCGUUUUUGAAUCGCAUAGACGCACUCUUUGUCAAAGGUCAGUGCAUGGGCUGUGGAUUUACAAAUCUGAUGUUGCAACAAGCGAAGAGGCAAUAUGCUUGGUUCUCCAACAGCGAUCCACAAACAAUUGGCAGUGGCUCUGGAGUGCCUGCCGACCUGAUGCAGCAGUGCAGGCAGCAGAUGGCAGCAUGGUCAGGAAUUUGUGUGAAGGUCCUGCAGACUGAGUUUCCGUCAUUUGACCUAAUGGGAAGCUUUCGGAUCUUUGCACUGGGAGGCCAAAGGCGUCAAGAUACCGCCGAGGGAUUUCAGGAUGAUCUGGAUCGACUUUGCAAGGCAUUGCAUCUGAAUGCAGCUGCCUGUGCAUGCGAGUUCCGAAACCUAGUUGGGAUUGCUACUGAACAGCACGGGCACGGGAAGUCCAACUUUGAUUCUUGGAAGGCUGCAGUGGUCCUGACCAAGCGGUCGCGGGACCGAUACCCGAUUAGUCAUCUUGGCCCUCUGUUGCAGGCGUUUGGUGCCUGGACUUGCUCCUCGAGUGGCGUGGAGCAAAAUUUCAGUGUUGACAAGUGGUUGGUGGCCAAGCGCCCACUUGCAGUUCAACAUGAACUGGACCACCUCCAGAUUGUGAUUUCUGGCUGUGAUGACAAGAAGCUGCUGAAGGAGAGUGCUGCUGUGUGGACAGCUCUUUAUGGCAGACCACGAUGCUCUAAACGAAGGCUACGAGGAUACAGCAAAAAAAAGCAAUCGUUGAAGGUUCCUUCAUUGUCUCGAGUGCUGCAGGCCAGAAGGAAGGCAGCUGGAAAAAGAGCAGCUUCUGGCCAUCGACCAGUGGAAGAAGUCGCCAACAUGGCGAUUGAGGUCGCUGGUGAGUGCUGGACGGAGAAGCACAAAGCUGAGUCCCAGCGGCAAAAGGGAUUGAAGCUCGACAGGCAGAUCGAUGCUUUCGAGAAGAACCAACUUCUGGAGCACGAAUGCGAAGGGCUUGAAGCUCAGAGCCAGUUGCGCCAGCAAAGAGUUGCAGUUCGAAAGCGGCAGCGCGAAAAUGAACAAGCGCGCUUGGCUGAGAAGAUGAGCCGACCGAACUUCAACUUGUUUGGGCACACAUGCUGGAUUCAACCAACUUGCGGCUUCAAUCCUGAGAAGAUCAACGAGAUUCUGUUAGAGCAUCACAUGCGCAGGCAUCAGCAUGAGCAGAGUGUGGAUCUUUUUGUGGUUCCUGACAUUGCAAGCCCGCCCCCAGAGAUUCAGGUGCUGGCAGCUAUGCGGGGGAGCAUCGUUGGCUCACCUCAGUUCUUUUCAUCUGGUGGUCAGGUGGGUUGCUGUAUAGGCUAUGAGCCUGCAAUCAGACAGACCAGGAAGAUCUACAUCUCAGACCAUUUCUCCCAAAGUCAUCAGAGCAGCGCGGCUGCAUUGAAGUGGAUGUUGAGAGGCAGCGAUUGGGAAAUUUUGCCGUCUCUCGCAGUGUGGUUGAGGGUUCAAGUGCGAAACCCAAAGAAUUCGAGCAGAGCCUGGGCAUUGCUGAGCGAAGGUGAGAAACAGCAGCAUCAGGCCCUCAAAGAUCAUCAGUAUGCCAUGACCCUGAAAAGUUUCUUGAGCACGGUUUCAACCGUGGAUCGUUCCAGAACUGCUCUGGGCAUUGGGCUCUCCACUUGA